CAAAUAUGGGGAUUUAAAAAACAAAAGUGUAUUGAUCUCUUUGAAGAAAAAUGAGAAAAUUACCACUAUGAAGUUAACUCCGAAGUUAAUUCCUGGUUCACUACAUGUUCAAAAUAAAGGAUCUUGCGAUUGGUACGUAGCUUUGAAAUUUGCCAUAUAAUUUUCGCCCAAUUUGGCAAUUUCAAAUACAAACCAUUUAUAUAAAAAUAUUGUAAUUUGUACAGAAGGUAAUUAUUGCACAGUAGACACUUUUAUUUGCUGUUUUAAGACAUCAAUAUCUCCGCCAUUCAAUGUUGUAUGAAAAUACAAAUAUUAUAAAAUUAGUUUAUAACUCAAUGACAAAUGGAUUUUGUCAGGACUUUGAAUUGUGUCCGUACACGCUUCCGGAAAGCCAGACUGGAAAGUUAGGAAAUUGCGUGCUGGAGAUUUCGAAAAUUUAAUAGUAAAUAUAUAGAAAGCAUCAAAAUUGCGCGCCGGAGAUAUCUGCCGCGCGCGCGCGAUACAAACUUUCCACGCUGGCCGGAAAGUAUGUCACCUUGGCUAUAGAGCCUCGUUUACGUGAUUGAGACGUGGGUUUUAACUGUUGUCACAAAAACAACGUUCUAUAGCCAAAGUAACAUACUUUCCGGAAGGGCGUAUUGUAGACUUGUCCAGGCGACACAAAGGGAAAGUACAAGGAAUCCCGACUUAAUUUCCUCUUAAAAGACAAACAUUGAGUUGAAAGUGAAAAAAAUACCUAAAUGUUGAAAAUGAAACCUAAAUAACGUAAUAGCAAUGGGCUAUUCGAAAUUGUGGCAUUUUGUUGCCAGUUAAAUGAGAUUCAUCACAAAUGAGAGUGAUGUCCAUGGACAGGCGUGCAUGCAGAAAUCCUAAUACCUGUCUAUGUUUACAUGCACGCACAAGAUCUUGUCAAGUUUUGCCCUACUUUACAAGUAUUUGUCUUUCUGACUUUCCCUCAUUAUAUUUUAUUAUAUAUAAUAGUACAUGUCAUAUUAAAGGAAUACCGAAUGGUUUUCCGUGCAGGAUUGUGUGAUCCAUGCAUGAGACUUUCGCGAGAGGGAUGUCACGAGACUUUCGGAAAGCGUAAAAAUACUCGAGCUGCAGGCAUUUUAAUUCCUCGUGCAGGAUAGCCUGAUCCUGCAUGGCUAUUGACCAAUCAAAUUGCAUGUUUCACUGUAGUUAUUAUAUAAUGUCUUUUCUCUCUUUCAGGGGAUGGCAAUCAAUGUUGGCAUAUGGAUGUCACAACUUUGUUGUGGUUGUUGACCCUGAGACAGUACAGGUGCAGUCAUGUUGAUAAAUAUCUUUAGACUUAGGUGUUCAUUUCAGAACCGUCCUCAUUUGAAAAACUCAUAUCAUUCUCACUGACACUAUAGAGUACAACAAAACAUAUGUUGUCCCUAGUGAUUUUUGUACAUUGAUAAAACUAUAAAUAAGGAACUAAAGAUCCCACAAUUUAAUUUUUGUUCACUAAAGUUUAAUCAGGGUUAACGGCAGGCACAGAUUUUCUGGGGGGUGCACAACCCCCAGAAAUUAUUUGCACCCCCCCCCCCAGAGGCAUUUGGCACCACCCCAAGCGUUUUUGCACCCCCACAAAUAUAAUAUAUAUAUUUUGAUUUGAUAGUUUCAUAUUUGAUUAUUCUUACUACUAAAUUUGUAAAAUUACCAAUAUUAUGGACUCAGAUCUCGCCAUACGUACGUCAGGCCUAGAAAACAAACUUUUUCCUUGGCCUUUCUGGGCGUUGCCACCACGCCCCAGCCAAAGCAAGCAGUGGUACCCCCCCAGAUAUUUAUCCACACCCCCCCCCCGAACGAAAAUAUGAAAAUCCGUCUCUGGUUAACGGGCAAUUUAAGAAAGCGUGAAAAAAUCACUAUUCAAGGUGGAUAAUGCUAUCAGGCUUUUGUGGAACAGUAGCACCAGAACUGUAAUCAAAUAACAUUACGCUCAUUUCAUUGUAAAUGUAGAUUAUUCAGACUUUGGAUCUUCACCAGUCAAAUGUUGUCAAGGUGAGUGUUGUCAUUGCCCGCAGCAACUUUUGAGCAGGCGACUUUUAAAUCUUGUUAACAUCUUGACAUUUUAUUAACAAUGUUUAGCUACAUAUGGUCAGACAUGAUGGGACACUAACUAUAUGUAUAGGAUUCAAAAGAGAAAAUUUGCAUACAGUUUAUUGUGCUGCAAUUCCUGUGGAACUGCAUGGUAGGACUAUGUCCAUGCAGUAAAAGUAAUGUUCUUUUCCCCAAUUUUUUCAGGUAAAAUGGUGUCGUGAAAACUACCACCAUGACCUGGGCUGUCCUUACAGCCUUCGUCUGGCCUCGGCCGACACCACUGGACAUAUCAUUAUCUGGGAUGUAAGUCAAGGCAUAUCUCUGAGUGAAUUCUCUGAUGGUUCGAAACCAGUACUGGAUCUACAUUGGUUGUGGACCCAGGAUGCCUCGCACGAUCUCCUGGCUGCACUUCAUUCACCCUCUUCUCUCGUAUUGUGGAAUGCUGACACUGGGAUCAAGUUAUGGAAAAAGACAUUUCAAGAGAGUUUGAUAUGUUUUGCAUUUGACCCAUUCAGUCCUGCUAAAGUAACAUGUAUGUAGUGUGAUGGUUAUAUUCAACUAUAAUAGACUUGACUUUUUAUUGCACUUUUACCCCCCAAUGACCUCGUUUUCGUGUUUGUCUAUUUUAGCAUGGUAGGUACCUGCACAUGUUUCUUGAAAAUUGUAACUUACAUUGUUCUGCCAAGUGAGAUGCCCAAAAUGUAGCCUCAUUAAUAGAGCCAGCUUUUUUAUUUUCUAUUGUGUAGUAAUGUCUCAAGAGUACCUGGUAUUUCUGAAUGAUUUCUCAGUGAAUCAAGGCCCUGAGGGAAAUGGUCGAAGGUUCUACAUGACCAGCUCCGAAGGCUCGUCCGGAUCAAACAACAGCUUAUCCUCUUUUGGAAAUAGUAAUACUCUUAGGACUCCUUCAAAAUCCGCAUUUCAAAGAGUGAAACUUUGGGCGGCAAAUGAAAGCAAAACUAGGUAUUGUAGUAUUCUGAAUUAAAGAGUCUUUUUCUUGAGGCCAAAAAAUAAGCUGGGUUUCUUGGGGGUUUUUUGUCAAAACUUAAUAGCAACAAAAAUAAAUGUAAUUAUUAAAUAUCAAUGCUCAAGCACAAGAGAAUGAUAUUCUAUGUCAAUUAUGGCAGCAAACAUAGCACAAACAUUCAUUAAAUGUUGUAUCAACUUUGGAACAAACAGGUUAUACUUCAUACAGUAUAACUAAGUACAAAACUUAUGGCACAGACUGUGUACCAAAAAUUGCUCCACACUCAUUGCAACCUUCAGAUAAGAAGAUUAGGGUUGUUAAUUUCAGUGGCUAAAAGCUAGGUAAGUUGGGUCGGGAAACGGAAACCCAGAUAAAAACCACUCAUGUGAGUUUCCUGGUCAACCAGACUCAUACAAACAGGCCCUGCGUCAGUGAUCACAGUUCGAUUCUUGCAAUAUAUACUGUUGCCUGAUUGUAAUUUCAUCUCUAAACCAUGUAAGGAGAGUGCUUUCAAUUAGUGACCCAACCAUUACCAAACACCAAGGGUUUGCCAAGCACAACCAGUAGUAUUUAGUUAGGGGCGGACCAUUAGAAAUCCCGGGAGGGGGGGUGAAAACCCCCCCCAAAAAAAUUGUGCAAAGAAACAUGCCUGGAAAAAAAUUCGCGCAGCCAUUACGCCAGAGAAAAAAAAAAUCGUGCAAGCAAAGUGCAAAUAAUCUUGAAAAAAAUUAUUGCAGAGGUUAAAUGCAUAAAAAAAUCCUGCAGUGACACGAAACUGAAAAAAAAAUCGUGCCGCAAAAGUUUUAUACCCCCUCCCGGGAUUUCUAAUGGUCUGCCCCUUAAUUAAGGAGUUUGUUACUCACAAAUUUCUAUAAAAAUGAGUAUGGCCAGUAUGAGAAAUUAAUUUGAAUAUUUUUAGAGUGGAAGAAGUAAACGUUGCAUUAAGUGAGUGCCUGCAACUGGUCUACCACCCAUCAUGUCGAGAUCUUAUUCUUUUGGUGUUCUCCAGAGAGAUUCUUUUCAUUGACACAGCUAUCAACCAAGCCAUUGGCUCCAUCUAUCUCGAGCGAAAUAGUCCUUCAUUCACCCAUGCCGUCCUGCCAUGUACCCAACGUGAUGUCAUAUAUACUCUCCAUGACAAUGGCAGUAUCACGAUGCGAUGUCGGCGUCACGUGACUACAAACCCGUACCCUGCUGACUCAGCAGAAAUCGAGGACGCAUGUCCGGAUAUCAUCUACGAGAAUAAAUGUCAGUCUGACGCAUUUAGAUUGAGUAAAUCGAGUUAUGUUAGUGGGUUUGUGGCUUGCCCUGUGACAGAAACCGGGGUAAUUCUACUUGUAAGUGAUGGAAGAUUAUUAAUCUGGAAUGUAAAAUCGACCAGCGAGUCAUUAUCGGAUACUAUGUUGAUGUCAGAUGAAUGUCUCAAAGCUUCCCUUCCCUUAACUGCCACAGAUACCCCCCUCAUAUCAGCGAUGGUCUCUUCCCCGGAAAAGACCCUUGCCGAUAUACUUCCACCAUCUAUGCAGCAGGGGGGUGUGAAGAAUAGUUUUAGGUUUCUUCUUAUCGGGUUGCUGAGCAACGUGCAAGCGUCGCCAAUUUGUGCAGCAAUGUGUCCACCAAUGACGACCAAGAAUUGGCCAGAGUACAAACCACUUGUGGCUGUUGGUAAGUUUCGACCUGAAUAAACUUGGCGGGUGUUUAUGCAUGGUGUUACUCAAUUACAGACACCUUGGUGAAACAAGAUAUUUUUGCUUUCCAUCUGAUGACGCAACGUUUUUAUCAACAUUGUGGAAGGCGGGAAAGAGGAUAGGACUUGCAAGUAACAUAUGGGCAGUGUUGCAACAUAUCUGGGGCUGUAGAUCGUUCCUACUGCACUGUCAAAGAAACAGACAGAAAAGAAAGAAACAAAACGUGUCACAAAAAGUAACCAAUUUUGUAUAAAUGUUUUAGGCAGCUCGUCUGGUUCAGUACAAGUAUUUGAUUUGUCCGUUGGCCUGAUGGUUAGAGAGUUCAACCUUCACAGCGCCCCAGUUAGGUAUUGUAUAUAUGGUGCGUUAUAUUUCACUCUCUAUGUUUGGUAGAUUAUGGGAAUAUUGUAAAAGAGUGAUAAAACUGUGUUUUUCUAGAGGUGUUGUGUGGUCAAGCUUAAAAAAUUUCUUGAGUUGGUCUUAUUGGUCUCACAGUAGUAGUGUAAGGAGUGAAGUGUUUAUGGUCGACCUUAAGACAGGCAAGUGUUACAUUUAUCCCCAAUUUCCCGCUCUGAAUUGGACAACAAGUAAAUUUUCAAUCGUUGCUUUGUGUUGCUUAUUCUACCGAUGUUUAUAUUGAGUUUUUUCCGUUCUUCUUUUCAAUUUUUAAUGUGUUUUAUAGGCCAAAAUACGCCACUUCCUUUGUCGAAAAAUUCUGAAGAGAAGACCAUUACGUCUAUCAAAGUGUCACAGCUGAAGUAAGAAGCAUGAGUUCAAUAAUUAAACUUCUUUUUUAAUCGAAAACUAUUGCACAGUACGUCAGUGGUGUAACAACGUUUUGAGACAUGGUAGCUGAAUUCAUAUUAGAAGACGGAGUUUCGUCUAAGACGCGAAACUCGUGUGACUGAUUUCCGUCUGGUAUGAAUAUGAAACGAAAACCAUCGGACGGAUAAACCCGAAAAACAGGAGACCCUCAAUCCCAGUCUCUUUUCACUUUCACGUGCUGAAACCAUAGGCUGAAACCCGUCUUGAUUUAUUCGACGUCUGAUAUAACUUUAAGACAAUAAACUCGUCUAACUUUCUCGUCGCUCAGACGGGAAAGUUAGACGGAAAAGUUGAGACGGUAAACCCAUCAUUAACUGAAUUUAUAUCUGGACGAGUUUCUCGUCUUAGACCAGUUUCUCCUCUUAGACGAGUUUUCCGUCUCAGACGGAAAUCCGUCUUCUAAUAUAAAUUCAAUCUUUUUCUUUCUGGGAUGGUCUGGACUAUUGUUGAAUGGAGUUUGGAGUGCCUAUUAUACAGAUUGUACAGUUUGAAUAACGAAGGAGAUCGUACAAAAAUACACAACCUAAUGUUUCGUAAUAUUUUACCGACAAAUAAAAUAUUAGGAAAAUUUAGAAAAAUGUUUGUCUGUGUUUUUGUAGGCAAUACUUUGCAAUCGUUUACAAAGAGAAGCCUCUGGAAAUCUGGGAUUUGAAGAAUCUGUGUCUUCUUCGUGAAAUGUCCGCGCACUUUCCUCUUAUUUCAGCCUUGGUGAGUGUCGUACGAGUUUUCUUUUGUUUUGUUUUGUCGGCGGGGGCAUGUAGGUUGAGGUUAAUCUGAUUGCGGUGGUGCCACUGGUCUAUGCUAUAUAGGUAGUACAUGUUUGUUUUUCAGAGAGCUCAAUCUUUUCACCACCGCCGUUCUGGUCUUGUCUUGGAUUUUGCACAAAAUUCACAUGGUGUAAAUCAUUGCAGCUGUAUAGACACUGAUUUAGUGUAAAUAUUAACACUAAUUUUGUGAUGUUAACUCCAAAUUUACACCUUAUAUGUGUAUUGAAACAUCUAUAACACUUAUUGGGUGUAAAUAUCACGAUUAAUGAGCAUUAACAUUUGUCAUACUUACCAAAUGCUAGCCCAAAAUUGACCAAACUUGCAAAAGCCAGCUGAGUUAAGGUCCAGGCCUCGAUAACAUUUUUUCGUGCCUGCGAGCGAAAUUCAAAAUGUGCCUGCAAAAACACAUCUUAUUUAGAUUUUGUGACCUAAAUAUUGUUAAAAUGUCAGUAUUUUAAAAUGUGCCUGCAAAAAUAUAAAAGGUGCCUGUGAGCGGCGCUCGGACGUUCGCGCAUAUUAUCGAUCCCUGUUAAGGUCCUAGGUCUAGGCUGGACUCUGGAGUAAAAUUUCAUUUUCGCUCUCAUUCACUCUAGGAAUGGUCUCCCAGCCACUACUCGAAACAGAAGAAGAAACAAAUCCAACAGACAGAGGACAAGAACUCGACUGCUGAAGGAUCAGAAGAAAAGGCAGCGAACGUUUUAGACAGCGGUAAAACAGAAAUCACAACUACGCCGGUAAGUUUAGGUUAGCGUAGUUCAGUUUCUUCGAUAUUUGCUAGAAUAGUGUGUUUGAAUAAAUUUGUUACAUUCCUAGGUGUGGCUAAAGGAACAUUUCAUCUUCACAAAUACAGAUGGAAUGUUGUUUCAUUAUUUUGUUGAAGGAACAUCUGUGAAAGACAGUAGCAAGGUUCCUCCAGAUGUACGUUCUUACUUUAUAAUAUUUCACACUUUAUACCAAAAUUUUUGGUAUUUAAAUUUAGGUCUUGCCUUUCAUCUUGAAGUACGAGGCGCUCAAUCUAUUUGUAGGGUUGUAUAGAGACAUGCCCCCGGCAAUUUUGAAUGUUAUAUUUGACACCACUCAAUCAACCAAUACAUCAUUUGUCAAUCACCUAACAAUGAAUUAAUGACCGUCUAUAUCCUUAUAUAUACUUUCUUAUGUCUUAUCCUCGCAGGGCAGCAUGGGUAAUAUAACAAGUAUCGCUUGGAAAGGCGAUACCGUGAUCCUUGGCGACGCGGAUGGUAAUUUUAGUAUUUGGGAACUUCGACAUCGCUUGUCAAGGUAUGUCGAAUCUUUCUCAUAAUUUUGCAUUGCUAGAAAGUUUCAAACCUGAAAAUACAAGAAGGAAUUGCUUUUUGAUUACUACCGUAUAAAGUUUUCCUUAAGGUCAAUAGUACAGCUAAAUUUUCUAUUUGGAAGGCACCUUAAAUAUAUUUUGUAGGAAAUACAUUUUGUUGCCUCUCGUGUCCAUAAUUUAAAUUGGAUAUGUUAUUGUUUUAGAAAUCAAAGUACCCAUCGCGGUGCAAUAAAGAAAAUGAAAUUCGCCCCAGGACGUGGCAAUGUGAAAUUAAUGUUGCAGUUCAAUGAUGGAGUGGAGAUCUGGGACCUAGGAAAGGUAUAGCUAUAGCUAAAAGUAAAGGCGGGAAUUUUUCGCGCCAAAAGCAAUGGGGAGAGCGCUGGCGCUCGAUAGGUUAAUCGGACUGUCUGCCCAUAUGUCUAGUUAACCCACUGAAUUUAUUGCGUCCCAAUGCGCCCUACUUUAUUAUUUCACUCUGUCGAACGCCAGAUUAUUUUAGAGCGCUGGUGCCCAAUGGACAAUUUGUCAUCCCAGCAAGACUCGUAUACAAACAGACCCACAGUAUUACCUAUCGGAAGAAUUGAUGACUCAUUUGUUUUUAUUUACAGUCUGAACGGACAAGUUCAUUGAGAACCCUACGAGAUUCUGUUUCAGUCGUGGACAUUGACUGGUAUUCUUCCGAUGUUCCUUUGUUGCUGUUUUCCAACGGCACAAUGAGAAUGAUGGACAUCAACUUGAAACGUUCGUGUUCACCAAUGUCAGAACAAGACUUGACAGGUAUGAAGUAAUGUAUAAAAUAACGAGAAAGCGUUUACUACCAGCGUGUAAAAUACCGAAAAGUGUGUUGAAAAUUGAAAAACGAGGCGCUAACCCAGAUUUUCCACAUAUAUUUUAAACACUUUAAGGCGAAUUUAUAUAGAUAGUUGGCUAUUGGUGAUAAAAAUACUGUUGUGUAGUAUUAAAGUGUCUGUGAUAUUUCUUCCUAGACUCUCUGUGGUGUCCACAUCUUUUACCGCCAAGAAAAGCUCUCAUGUUUAAAUCAAUUCUUCGAAAUCAACCCUGGAAUGGAAAAUACACUUUAGAUUUGGAUGAACUGUAAGCUUUUCAGUGAGAAGUUAGUCUAUAGCACAAACUGAUUAAAACACAUGGAAAAUGUUACUUUUGUUUCUCAGAUAUCUGUCAUCCCAGGAGAAAAAAGAUCAAGUAGCAGAACUUCUCAGCAAUUUACCAGAGUACGUUGACGUAUAAGGUUGAAUUCUUUACUUGCUUUUCUUUUCUGGUAGAUUAAGGGCGACUAAAAUGUUCUCAGAUCCCAAUUUUUAUGAUAUUAUAUUGUAUUUUUAGUGAUAUAAAAGACUUUUUGCCAGAAGCUCCACUUGGUAUUGCGCAGCGCUGCUUUCUGGCUGCUCAGUAAGUGAAACCACGUACGCCACUGGGCGAUUUAAUCUGUGCUUUAAUUUAAAAAAUUCAAAAUGUUUUUCAGACUUUAUGGUGAUGAAGGAGAAGUAAGGUUUUGGUCAAUUACGUUGCAUUAUCUACGGCGCGAGAAAUGCCGGAAAGCUUGUCCUGCACAUAAGGUUAGAAAUAUUUCAUUGUAAAAUAAAAAAAUUAUAAAAUAGGGUUGACAGUAUGAUGUAGAGUAAAGGUGGAGUAACACGAGCAACAUACGCGAGUAACAUACAUUGAAAUCAGAUUUUGUUGCAAGUUGCAGCAAUUUUGUUGCUCGUAUUACUCCACCUUAAGAUCUAUGGAAUAGGUAAAACGUUUGUUAUAUGGCAUGCAUCGUUUACGCCUGAUGACAGUUUAGCCUCCUGCAUAACAAACAUGAUCACGUGAUAUGGAAUGAAAAUGACCAUUUUGGAAUACGCAUUUUUGUACUAUACAUUUUGGUUUGGUUUUCAUUAAAUUGCAUGCGUCAAAAUCUUAAUCGUAUUCUAAUCAUAGCUAACCCAAAUAGAGUAGUUUGUAGUUAAGCAGGAAAAUUCUAGCCAGGGUGUUUUUAGAGUGUAACUAAUCCUCGGAGAGCUUUGUCAAAUGGGUUUGUAAAACCAGUUGGUUAAGAGUUUCCGCCUACCUCAGAACUUGGUGAAGACAUUAAACCAAGGUAAAGUAAACGAGAUGAAAAUAUUUUUUAGAACGGCAGUAGCAGGACCUCACGUUGCUCGUCUCGACUUGACCCAGAGCAGGCAAUAGAGACCAGACGACCUCGAAGAAAAAGUUUAGAUCUGUUGUCUAUCGACGAUGAUUUAGAUCUCAAUAUACCACUGGACAGCGAUAUUGAAAAUACAGAGCCAUGUUACUGUUUUCCACUUUCCUUGGAUACGUCUUGUGAUAUACUGUGUGAUCCACGGACCUUUCAGGUACAUAAAAAUAGAUCACCACAGCCCUGUAGGCAUCAUUUUCUCUUUGGCGUACCACCUAAAACAGACUCUUCAUUUUAGCAUAGUAUUUUACAGAUUCUUGAAGCACUAAACAUAGUUUUAAGUUUGUUUGUCGAUUGAGGAACGUAUAAAAGAGUCAAAAUUCUGAAUGCACUCAUAACCAAGUCAAGCAAUAUAAUUUUUACUCAUUAGUUUUAAGCGCGUGUUACUUAACUCAUAAGAAGGUCUCAUCUUAAUGGGUCCUGUUUUUCUAAUGUGUUUCAUCUUAUAAUUUAUUCACACCUACGCGAGGAGGGUAUGUAGGCGAAUAAUUGUAAUAAAACUCGUUAAAGUAGCGCUUGUUAGAACAGAUUGUUAGAAUAGAUGGAUACUUUUAUAAAAGUUCAAAACAUUGCAACCAGCUGCCACAAUUUCCCACUAUUUUAUAUUUUAUUCAUUACCAGGCAAUAAACAAUUUUUCAACAGAGAGCUUGAAAACAAUCCAUGCAAGUAAAACUAUACCCUUUGAAAUGUGCAAAAAGCGCCUAGUCUAUAAGGCAGCAGUGAUUACAUUGGUUGAAAUUAGUUUCGGGAGAAAAAAAGAAUGUCAACCUGACAACCGUUUUUUGAGUCUAUACUACAGACCUGUCAAAAUCUAAAAUAGUGAGAUUUCGCUUUUAGCCCUUAAAAAACCCUGGAAAUUUUGUAAAAAAACUGGGAGAGCAAAUCUAAAGUUAUUUGCAGUGUUUAAUAUAAUAAUAAAAUAUAAUAAUUUUCCAUUUAUAAUCAUUAUUGCAUUGUCUUCGACGCCUUGUUUAUAAUUAAUACUAACAUCUAGUAACAUGGCGGGAAUGCAUGUUUUCGAGAUGCAGUUUCCAAUAGAAUUUUGAGUGGGAGGUUUUUUUUAAAGAAGCAGGGCAGCUAUGUGGGCCAAGAGAUAUCACCCACCUCUCUGUAUAUAUAAGAUUUUAAAAAUUUCAGACAUUGCAUUGCAUUUCCAGCCAUUUUGGAGAGUCCUUUUUGGAGAUUUCGUCAUGCAUAUUAUCCGAAUAUUUAACGACGAAUAUUGUGUAUAAAAGUUGUGUUUUAAAUGCAAGAAAUAUUUCCCUUGUAUGAUAUUUCUGUACUGAAGUGGAAAUAUUUUAGCCUGUGAUAUAUUUUGGGAACAACCGGCGAUUGUCUAGCUAUGUCUACAGGCGGCGAAACAAUUUGCCGUGAUAUACUUAUAUGAUAAUCUAUACUUAUCGCUUAUAGUAUACAAAAGUGGAUAAAAAACUAAACACUUGAUGCAGUUUACUGAGUCAUGCAGUUUCUGCUUGGAUACGAAUAAUUUUCACGCGAUUUUGCAGGAAAAUAUCCCACUACUUCCUAACACCAACCUGUAGAGUUAAGAGGUCUACUAUACCACUGGUUGAAUUACAUUACACGUCUAGUAAAAACUAUUAAAAUAUUCUGUUUCCUCAAAUUAUAAUUUGAAAAAUGUGUUAUUUGAGGGAGGUUAUGUAUGGAAAUGUCUGUGAGAUGGCGAUAUUUUCCAAUUUAUCCACCCAUUUCCCUUCGUUUACAGUAAAAUAUCAAAAGGAUAAAGAAAAAAUAUAGUUUUUUGCUGAACCGUGUAACGUAACGUAUUUCAAUACAUCAAAAUAACCCCGCUUCACAUCUCGUCCCGGCAAAGUGGGAUCAUAUAAACAGCCCCUUAUUCAACAAAUUGUGCAUGCCGCCUUUGAUCCUUUGAGGCAGCACUUUCCUUGCGGUAGUGACUCCUAGUAUAUAGAGUAUUUUAUAUACAUACAUGCCGGUAUCCUGGGCAUUUUCCGGGCUCGCCUACAAUAUGAACGGGCCCUCGGAUGGAUUUUCCAGUAAUUUAGUUAAUAUGUUUCUCUUAGAUACACCAGCUAAACCGUGUGGCACUCCAUGAUAGCAAGAGAUCGACUUAUGAACAUACGAAGAAAUGUGCUGAAACUUUGGUCUUGUUGAAACAGGUAGGAAAUAGCAACUACCCAGAGCAACUACCCAGAAAUUGUCAGUGGGGGGAGGGGGGGGGGGUUCAUCAAGACUGGUGGUGAACUGGGAAUGUGGGAACUUGUAGCGGAGUCUGAGGGUCCACCCCGAGAAACAUUUUGUAUUUUCUAACCUCGGGCUUGAUUAGUUUUCGGCAUUAAUUUUAGACACGACUUUUGAUAUAUUUCAUCCGGUAUUGGCAAUGAUUUGGCCAUAGGAAUGCUAAAAUGCUUCCCUUUUUGCUUCUAUUUUAAAUAGAAGGAACCUUGUAUGAUAAGGGGAAACAUAUUUCACUGGAGGUGCCAACAAUGGGAUUAGGAUUUGCCCCACCCCAGUGUUAAAAGAGGCUCUGCAUGAACUACUCAGUGUCCCAAGAAAGUUUUAGUGUUUGAUGUUGGGCACACGAAUCACUAGGAAACACUAUUGAAGAAACAUUUGAAAAGUGAAUAGUAUAUCGAGCGCGGACACUGUACUAUGCGAAAUACUGGAGUGGAGGGAGACGAAUUUAGGUUGCCACCAUAUAUGACCACCUUUUUGUUGCUGGAAAUUUCAGUUCUUUAAAUAUACUUUUGCCUUAAAUAUCAUGACAUAUAUUGCUUCAUUUAUAGUCUACCAAUGCUUUAAUGGUAAAAAAUCAUUGUUACUACAGUACACAUGCAGUUAUUCUGCUUAAUUUGUUAUUCACAGUCAUUCAACUUUGCUACACAGUUAUAUCAUCCAAAGGCUUUCCCCUCCCCCCAGUGAAUGGGUACAUAUAAUUAUUUAGCUUAGCCUUAUAUCGAAACUUAUAUUCAAACACCGUUAAUGCAACCAUCCACUGUGCGUGGUCGUCAUAUCAAUGAAAUGUGGACGUAUUAAGCUUUCUUGGAAUCGUGGUUGGACAGUGGUUCUUGCUCGGGGGACAUGAAGUUCGUGCGUCACUUUUCGUUUCACCUUCCUUUGGACGACCGCUUCAAUGUCUUCAUUUCUCAGCGUGUAGAGAAAAAGAUUAAAGAAGCAACUUGUGAAGAAUAUUGCGUAGGUGAAAUACUCUACUUGGAUGGAGUGUUCUGACUGCAUCCACUUUAAUCCCAACCACGGCAACGUCGAGGCCAACAAUGUUCCGACAAGAUUAAGGGAUGUUUUCUUGGUUUUACUAAUUCUGUCGAUAUGUCUUGAAUUAUGCGAUAUCUUUCUUCGAUGGCACGAGGCGAUGUAGCCCAUUCUUCCGUAGCACAGGAUUGUACUAGUAAUAUGAACGAGGAGAAUGAUUUUCGAUGCGAAGCAAAACUCUUUCGGAACGGGCCAUGGUAUUACUUUGAUUUCUGCUGCAAAAGGAACGGUCAAGAUUAGUCCGUAAAACCAGGAUGCGACCGCGAUGAGAGUAUGUCGUUCUAAAGUCAGUAGAGCUUGAUAGCGGUAUGGAUAAAGAACGGAGAAAAAUCGUUGAUAACUUAUAAUGCUGACAUUCACAACCGUCAUACUGAAACAGAAACGAUGAAUCCCAAAAGAGACAUCGCCCAGUCUACACCAAGGAUUCCCGUUGGCAAAACUUAGUAGGAAAAUAAAAUACGUAGGAAUGCCAAGCAAAGCCGUGAACAAGUUUAUCAGAGUGAGGUUGAUCGUAAAAAUGUGUUUUCUCUGCCACAACUGACGCGUGGAAUAAAACACAUAGGCAACGGCGAGAUUUCCAACUGCCGAAACAAAUGAAGAAUUAAAAAGUGUCACUUGUGUCGCAAUCACGGAGAUGUAGUCCAAUAGAUCACCUUUGAAAAGAUACGGAAAAUUUCGACAAGUCCCUUGGCUUGCAUUCAGCAUGCUUUGCACGGAGUCUUGCCACAGUUUAGAUUUUAAGCCAGGUUUUGAAUUAAUUAAGUUCAAUUAGAAUGAAUUAUUAUUUGAAUAUGUUUUUCCGAAAACCAGAUGUUCUGGCAAGGCGGCUCUUUUAAUCAGCAUGUAAAUGUAUCUCUAGUACUUUAUGGAACGUAAUGAGCUCAUGAAUACAAUGUUCAUUUAUGAUGUUUCAGUAAAAAAGAAAAUUAAAGUCAAUUACCCUUUUGGGGUAAUAUUUUUGGGGGUAAUAUUUUUUCCGAUAUCUGUGUUGUACAAUUUUUCGACUAUAAUUUCGCCUCGUUCGCAUGCCUUCAGGAUAACUCAAUGAAAAAUUGCUGGUUUUCUUCCUUUGCAGUUGUUAUUCUGCAGUUGUUAUUCUGAACGUUACGAAAAUCCUAAGUAUCAUCUCAUUAGAUUUGAUGAGAUGUUAUUUAGGAUUCUCACAAGAGAAGAUAUUUGCAUAAAAACGAUGACAAGAAUAGAAGAAAGUAUAUAAUUGUAGUUGAAGGGUUUUUGUAGAGCAAAUGUUUUUUAUACCAGGAGCAGUUGUAUAUUAAAUAGUAGGUGAUGCUAGUAUACGGCAUAUGCGUAAUAUAUAUAUAUAUAUAUAUAUAUAUAUAUAUAUAUAUAUGAAUAUAAUUUUUUUAUUUAAAAAAUUAAAAAAGACUUCUACAGGCAAUAAAAAAUUUAAAAAUUUUGUCCCAACGUUUCGCCGGUUAAGGCUUCUUCAGGGGAAUGUUAUAACUAGAUCACGUCCGUUGAAUAUAUACUACAAAGCUAGACUAAAUUUAAAUAAAAAGGGUGGAAUGUGGACAAUAACGAGCGAAAAUUUAAAAUGUUGUUAUUCAAGCGUAUCAUGCAGAAUAUAUAUUUUAAAUGUCAAUUGUUCUACCAAUGCAUCCGUUUAUUACGUUCCCCGCUCUUUUCUUAAUUUCAAACGCCUCAAUGCACUUACGCUCAUCAUCAUUGUUUAUGUUGGAAUGUAGGAUUCUCCAAGUUAUAAUUGGCAUGUCAUCUUCGUUACUCCUGUGGGAUUCAAUAUGUUUGUACAUGGUUUGCUUAUUCAUGGUCAAAUGUUCUUUAAUGCGCGUGCCAAUUGUCCCACCAGUUUCACCAAUAUAAACUUUAUUGCAAUGCAGGCAUUCAAUUUCGUAUACAAAUUUCUAUUGAAUUUGUAGUCGUGUUUGAAGCCGUUUAAUAAACUUGCAGGUCGUCUUUUAUUAGGUCUAAAGCCACUCGCGUUGCGCGCUCGUGUCUUUAAACCUAAUAAAACACUCCUGCUCGUUUAUUAAACAGUAUAUAUAUAUAUAUAUAUAUAUAUAUAUAUAUAUAUAUAUAUAUAUAUAUAUAUAUAUAUAUAUAUAUAUAUAUAUAUAUAUAUAUAUAUGAUUGACGCGUAGCUCAGUUGGCAGAGCAUUGGGCUAGUAUUCCAAAGGUCGUAGGUUCGAUUCCCACCGUGGCCAGGCAUAUUUUUCAAGCCUGCCCGGUGUGGAUAUACACUCAAAAUAAACUUGUCAGGAAAAACUUGCUCGUCUGUACUGGACUUUAGUAAUACUGUACCAAUAAUUAAGGGAAAAGCUGUAGGGAGAAAUAAGAGCAGUCCAGUGCUGAUAGCGCUAUCCAAUAUAAUUAAUUAAUAGACCGUAUGCAUAAUGACGUCACAAGGCUUGAUGCCCGCGAGGAAUGCUGGUCUUAAGAGUCAUCGCCCGGGAAAUUUAAACAAUUCAAAAUGGCCACUACCGAAAUUUUCCCGGGCGAUGACUACUAAGACCAGCAUUCCUCACGGGCAUCAAGCCUUGUGAUGUCAUUAUGCAUGAGGUCUAUUACUUUACGUAAUUGUUUCAUUCAUGAUUUAGUCUGACCGUGCCGUUCAAUUGUUCUUGGAGACUGAGGCGAAUAAUAGCAACUACUACACGGAUUCAUUGAGGUGCGUGAGCUGAACUCUCUCAAAGGCUUGUACGAAUUUGAUUGGCUAAUCGUGUAGAUUAAAUGCAUCGGAUUGGUUAAUAUCUGAACCUCUCUAAUAACAUUUACAAUUUUUAAAUAACAUCAAAUCUGAACCUCUCUAAUAACAUCAACAAGUACAAUUUUUAAAAAUCCGUAACUCGGUGUGUUCAAAUUCCCCGGAACAAAAGUGAUCUUAAAAAUCUAGUGACUAUUUUACUUUCUUUGUAGGGCAUGUUUAGUGGCUGCUAUACGAUCAUCAGGUGCUUCUCAGAGCACCAUCAAGUUAGUGGCGACGAAUCUCAUCGCUAAUGGAAAGCUUGACG